AAUUCCAACAUGGCAGAGGCUGUGGUCAGUCUUCCCCUCACUAACUUGGAAUGGUUUCAAAUCGCGAGCAGCCGCGCUUAACCUGAGCGAACCAUUCAUCUGCGCACUCACCGGAUCGAUGGCACUAUAAAACCCUGACGCUGCCCGGGCACCUACACAGGCUUGAAGACAUGAUCACUAGCACCAGUAUUUAUGGUCUAAAGAUGCAGUGGACCCCAGAGCACACACAAUGGGCAGAACAACACUUUGACAUCUCAUCCACUACCCGCUCGCCAGCACACAAAGUGGAGGCCUACCGGGGGCACUUACAGCGAACAUACCAGUAUGCAUGGGCAAACGAUGACAUCUCUGCGCUGACUGCCUCCAAUCUGCUUAAGAAAUAUGCAGAAAAGUACUCUGGGAUCCUAGAGGGCCCAAAUGAGAGAGCCCUGCUGUGUUCCUACUCUGAUAGCACCACUGGACUCAUGAAUGGACGAAAGUCAGAGAAUGAGUCCUGGCAGGAGGGGAUUUACCCAAUGAACUGUGUUCCAGAUGUUAUAUCUGUGAGCAAAGCUGGAAUGACAGCUGCCCUACCCCCUACAGAUGUGUCGGCUAGCAUAGGCAGCUCCCCAGAGGUUGCCAGCAGCUUGUCUGAGCCUAGCUAUUCCAGCAGUAACUGUGGAAGCCACACAGCCACUACGCUCCACUCGGGCCUCCCCUCUCAGGAAUAUACUGCCAGCUACAAUGGCUCCUACCUGCAUUCUAGCUACAGCAGCCAGAGUACCCCAGCCCUCCCCUCCCCACACCCCUCUCCUUUGCACAGUGCUGGGCUUUUACAACCACCACCCCCACCUCCUCCCCCUACCUUAGUGCCGAGCUACAAUGCCGGGUCUCCAAACCUUCCCAACUACAAUUAUCCUCCAACAGGGUAUCCUUCUCAGAAUGCUGUUGGCCCUGGUUAUAGCCCUGGGGGAGCACCCCCUCCUUCUGCUUAUCUGCCGUCCGGUAUUGCAGCUCCUACACCAAUCCCUCCUUCCACACUGCCCGGCUACACCUACCAGUCCCAUAACCAUACACCAAUUGCACCAACACCUUUGAAUGGCAGCACAUCCAACUCAUUAAAACGAAAAGCUUUCUACAUGAGUGGACAUGGAGAUAUGGACUCUAGCUAUGGUAAUUUCACCUACAACCAACAGCGCUCUUCUCAGAGCCCAAUGUACAGAAUAACGGACAGUGUCUCAGACUCAAACAGGGGCAAUGGCUUUGACAGAAAUGCUGAGGCGUCGUCUUUAUCGUUUAAGCCAACUAAACAGCCAAUGUCUUCUGAUCAACACAGAAAAUUUAUAAUACACUCUGGCAGAGCACUGACUCCUCCAUCCUAUGGAUCGACCAAAAGCUCUGUGGGUGAUCUCAGAACUGGUGAGCCCUACAGCAAGUUUGGAUCUUCAAUCAUGAGCGAGCGAACUGAAGAGCACAGACAGCACCUCUCUCACUCCCUUACAGGGCCUGACAUUGGUACAGCUACCUCGUCCAUCCAUGCUGCGGAGGAACAACUGAAGAACAGUGACUCCAACCUGGUGGAGAUGGUGACCACAGAAAUCCUUCAGCAGGGCCCUCCAGUGGACUGGAGCGACAUCGCGGGUCUGGAUAUGGCCAAAGCAGCCAUCAAAGAGGAGAUACUAUGGCCCAUUUUAAGGCCAGAUAUGUUUAGUGGACUUGCCACAUUACCUCGGAGCCUCCUUUUAUUUGGACCUCAGGGAACUGGUAGAACGCUGCUGGCCCAGAGCAUGGCCAGCCAACUGGGGGCUGCCUUCUUGCGACUCAGCAGCUCAGCUCUGGUGACCAAGUGGCUAGGGGAAGGGGACAAGAUCAUCCAAGCUUCUUUCUUGGUGGCCCGGUGUCGCCAGCCAGCAGUGGUGUUCAUCAGAGAGGUUGAUCUGCUGCUGUCAGCCCAGCUCAGUGAGGAGAGUCCAGUGAAUCGCCUCAAGGCUGAGCUCCUCAUGCAGCUUGACAGUAUUCUGACCUCUGCUGAGGACCAUGUCCUCGUGGUCUGCUCCACCAAUAAGCCUGAAGAGAUCCCGGAGUCCCUACGGAGGUACUUUGCCAAGCGACUGCUCAUCCCGUUGCCUGAUGGGACAGCACGACACCAGAUAAUCAGCCAACUGCUCUCACAGCACAACUACUGUCUUAGUGACAAAGAAAUGUCACUACUGGUUCAGAGGACAGAGGGCUUUUCUGGACUGGACGUGGCUCAGCUGUGUCAAGAGGCUGUGGUAGGUCCUCUCCAUGGCAUUCCUGGAGCUGACCUGUCAACCCUCCACCCCACUCAGAUGAGACCGGUCUCCUACGAAGACUUUGACAAUGUGUUUUGCAAAUCCCCA